UGUCCGCGGGAGCGAGCUCGUGCGCGGGCACGUAGAGCGAGCGAAAGAAAAGUUGGUGCUGGUUGUAACUUGGGAGCCGCCAUUCUGUGUUGUGUCUGGAGAAAGACAUCCGGUUUGACGUACCACCGGUAACGUGUGAGACCACUUUCCGGCAGCGAGUGAGAGCGUUGGAGGUCGAUCAGCCGGCUGGAGCCUUUAUCCGGCGUUCCCGUGUCCGGCCGCGGUAGAAGGGAUCAAGGAGGGAGCUGCGAGGACAAUAACGCGAUGCAAGUCGGCGGCGAGAAGAAGGGAUCUAAAGGAGAAGAGGAAGGUGAUAACAAGUAAAGAUGUUUCAGAAAAGAACUCUGAAAUAACAUUGAUUGAGGCCCACCUUCAUCAUUGUCUGUUGUAGGACAGAUCGCUGUUUCAUUCUUAGAAGCCCUGAGGUAGCUCAGAGAAGCGAAAGGAGAAGAGUCGUGAUGCUGCCAGGUGUCGAAGAAGCAAAGAAUCAGAAGUCUUCUAUGAGUUGGCCCAUGAACUGCCACUUCCACACAGUGUCACCUCUCACCUGGACAAAGCCUCCAUCAUGAGGCUCACUAUCAGCUACUUACGCAUGAGGAAACUGCUCAGUGAUCGGGAUGCUGAGGUGGAAGCUGACUUGGAGAAACAACUCAACAGCUUUUACUUGAAGGCUCUGGAGGGAUUUGUCAUGGUGUUAACACAGGAUGGAGAUAUGAUCUACAUGUCUGAGAAUGUCAACAAGUGCAUGGGUCUCACGCAGUUUGAACUGAUUGGGCACAGUAUCUUUGACUUCACUCAUCCCUGUGAUCAUGAAGAGAUGCGGGAAAUGCUUUCACACAGGCAGGGACUUUUGAAGAAGGGGAAGGAUCAGAACACCGAACGUAACUUUUUCUUGCGGAUGAAAUGUACUUUGACAAGUCGGGGCCGUACUGUUAAUAUUAAAUCUGCAACGUGGAAGGUGCUUCAUUGCACGGGACACAUUCGAGUAUACAAAUCCAGUAAUGAGCAGGCACACUGUGGUCACAAGGAGCCUCCUAUGACCUGUCUGGUUUUGAUCUGUGAACCUAUUCCACACCCAUCCAACAUAGAGGUCAAACUGGACAGCAAGACGUUUUUAAGUCGUCAUAGCCUGGACAUGAAAUUCUCCUAUUGUGAUGAGAGAAUAACAGAGUUAAUGGGUUACCAACCAGAAGAAUUACUGGGUCGUUCAGUCUAUGAGUAUUACCAUGCCAUGGAUUCAGACCAUCUGACCAAAACACAUCAUGACCUGUUUACUAAAGGCCAAGCCACUACGGGCCAGUACAGGAUGUUAGGCAAGGAAGGUGGUUACGUUUGGGUCGAAACUCAAGCCACAGUCAUCUACAAUGCAAAAAAUUCCCAACCUCAGUGCAUCGUUUGUGUGAAUUACGUUUUGAGUGGUCUAGUUGAAAAAGAAGUGGUUCUUUCACUGGAUCAGACAGAGUGUGUACCAGUACCUGCCGAAAAGUCUGAGGAACCUACUAAAACAGCUGAUCAAUCGACAAAUGAAGAGGCCAAUGAUCUUUUUGACAAACUGAAGGAGGAACCAGAGGCUUUGACUCAACUUGCACCUGCUGCCGGUGAUACAGUUGUCUCGCUGAACUUCAGCCCCUCGGAUUCAGAAAUGCAGCAGUUUGAUGAUGUCCCUCUUUACAAUGAUGUCAUGUUGCCCUCCUCCACUGACCGGAAGACAGUAGAUCUGGCACUAUCACCCCUCCCUCAUCCUGAUACAGCAAAGCCGUUAUGCAGUAGCACAGAGUCGUCCUUGAAUUUAGAAUCGAUGAUCAAACUUGAAACGAACCAGGAGCCACUGGAAUUUUCAUUUUCCAUUCCACAAAUGAAUGAACAAUCAAGCAGCUCUUCUUGUCCUUGCAGCAGUCAGAAUUCAACACAACCAAGUAGUACUUCACCUUACUGCUUUAAUGUUGAUGCUGACAUUUCCAAUGAGUUCAAACUGGACAUAGUGGAAAAGCUUUUUGCAAAUGAUCCAGAAGCCAAGAAUCCCUUCUCUGUUCAGGAUAUUGAUAACUUGGAUUUGGAGAUGUUGGCUCCAUACAUCCCAAUGGAUGACGAUUUUCAGCUACGAUCACUGGACCAACUAUCACCACUUGCUGAUUCUCCAGCCACACCUCCCAGCGCACAAAGUUUAAACAAUGUGGUUGACAUCUUUCCACAAGCUGAAAGAUCUAUUAAUAACACUCCACACAAGAAUAUGCAAGCAUUAAAGCAGGUGGCUUUAAAGAUUGAGCCUAUGGUUGCAGUUAAGUCUUGCAUACGUACAAAUGAAAUGAAUAGUACCCAAGAGUCACCAUAUUGCAAGGACAGCAGCAGAAUGACUUCACCUGUUCGGACUGGAGGAAAAGGACUACAGUCACAGCAGAGUGAUACUUCACAUUCACCGAGUCCUGUAUCUCCAGUGAAGGCAUUGCUUAAUUAUAGUAAAAGGUCUGCAAAAGGAAGAUCUCCAACUGAAGAGACAAGUCCUCAUCCAGUGGCUUUGCACAAUUCACCCAGGAAACGCAAACUGGAAAAUGCAGCUUCUCUGUUCCAAGCAGUUGGAAUUGAAUUAUUAUUCCCAAGUGACACUAACCUUCAAGUGACUACACCGCAAACGUCGAAGCGUGCAAAAGGAUUUGAUGCUAACAACAGUGAACAGAAGACACUUGUCUUGUUACCCACUGAUAUAGUGGCCAGACUUCUGGCUCAUUCAGCAGAGGACAGUAGCUUGCCAACACUCACCAACUAUGACUGUGAAGUGAAUGCACCUAUCCAAGGCAACAGAACCCUGCUUCAGGGUGAAGAAGUGCUUAGAGCAUUGGAUCAGGUCAAUUAAGGUCUCAGACCUGAACAAAAUAAUGGACAAUGGCAAAGCCCCAGCACCCAAAGCAGUCUAUUUAUAUUUUCUAAAUCUGAUUAUUAUAAAAGCCUGGCUACAACUGCAGUUUUUCAGUUAGCGGUGCUCCUCCACUGACCCCAUCCAUGCCUGCUCUUCAGUUGCAGUUUUGGUCCAGUUGGUUUGAAGUAUCUUUCUGAUAUGUGAUGUUUUUAGGUAGAUGGACAUCCCUGGGAUCCAUCGGGAAAGUGGAAUGACAGUGACACAUGCUAUAAGUAAAUACAUUUUGGUGGUCUGUUUUAAUGAGCACUGAAAUCUGUGUCUCCAAUUCUUGAAUUUAUAAUAGCUGUUACUCUUAAGACUGAGUAAAUACUAAAAGGGAUAUAGCACCUUUUAGUAACCAUUCUUUAACCUGGAUGGGAAAGAUUAUGUUAAUAUGAUUCACUGCAGAAUUUCUGCCUGUUGCUUUGCCAGCUGUUAAUUGUAGCCACAAUUGCACAAAAUAUAUUUUCUUAUUAAGUACCAGCAGUACUUUAUGCAAUAUGUUUUGCAGUUAUAUAUGUAGUUUUUAAGAAAGAGGAGCUCCAACUUGAUUUUUUUAGUUACUUAGUUUAAGAUGAAGGUUAGGAAUGGAAUGCAUACAUAAAUAAUCACUUUGUACUUGUCAUUUUUAAUCUAGAAAGGCUUAUAUUGAACAGUUAAAAGAACCAACUUCCUUUUAAUGAGCUGUUUGUUGGAAACAGAAUAUUGGCAACUUAAAUAUGGGCAAUGUCUCUUUUGAUGUGAAGUCUAAUAUUAUUAGUCAUUUGUUCUCCAGCGCAUGUAAUUCCUACGGUAGUAGUGGAGGUUCAUGCUAUAUCAUAGCAACACUUAAGUCUAAAUGCUGCUGCUUUUUCUGCAUUGUUUAGGUAGUACAGAGUGUAAAUGUAACAAUUCCAUUGUAUUAGAAGACCUAGUUUGGUUAUUUAGUCUGUCUUGGUUCUAAAGCACUUUGUCACUUAAUUCCCAAUUAAAGUAUCAUGUAGGUUGUAAGUUCCUUUUUGUUUCUCUAUCCCUUUGACACCAUGUUCCUAUCCUUACCAUUUCCUGGCCUUACACCAGUUCUUGAAGUUAUCCCAAAAUCCUUCGCGCGUGAGAUUGUAUCGUACAACUUGGAUUGUUUUUGCUCAGUCAUCCUUUGCUAUUUGUGGUUGGAUCUAACACUAACUGUAUUGUUUCAUUACAUCAAUAAACAUUAUAUGUGGA